AUGCUGCAAAAGCGGGGCAUUGGAGUGGGCUGGCCCACCUGCGUGUGGGUUCUUGCAAAUUUGUUAGGCCUCGACCCUCUGAAGCAUGAUACUUCAGCUUUCGAUGCUGCCGAAGCGAUGAUAGAAACCAUACCGAGAGUCUGGGUCAACUACUGUGGGCUCGGCGCAGUUGGCCAGAGUCGGACAUCAUGUCCUUCCGACUGGGUGUACCAGGCCCUACUGGUGGGCAGGCUUCACUUCUGGCCUUCUGGUCGGUCCGCGGGCCGUCCCAUGCCUGGGUUGUCUGAGCUCUUGCCUCGCAGGCAAGCAGACUCUCGUUGGUCGUCGCGGCGCUUGCUACGACUCCGAUCCGCCGUCUGGCCGCUGCGCCAAGUGCAAGCAAGGCCAUUCAUGCAAGCCCAUGUAAGACAUCCUCAAGAGCCACAGAAAUCUCCAGGUCCCUGUCCCUGUUCCUGUACCGGGUAUCUUUUGCCGCAGUUGAACCGCUUCAGGCGACACUCGAGCACGGCAUAUGGUGAUGAUGUACGAGUGUCGGGAAUGACCCCAAUGGACGAAUGUAUUGCGAAAGCAAAGACGGUCAUCAACGAUGCGGCUUCCCAGUCACUGGAGGCAGACCAUUGUCCUGAAGUCUCUGGUCAACAUGAUCCAAAGAAGACGGAAGAUGGAGACCCCUUUUCGUGCUUUGCGGCGACACAUUCUGCUACGCUGCCAGCAAGAUGA